AUGGUUACCUCACUCCUAGGUAAAGCACGCUCGUUUUUCAAUUGCAAGCCCAUCUCCAGGCCGAAGGCGAAGACAAACAACGACAAAUCGACAACGAUGAAGGCGUUGAUUGUGCAGCCGGAUAAAAUAGUCGCAGUGGAGCGGGUCUUCACUCCGACGAUCGGUCCAAAUGACAUCCUUUUCCGAGUCAUAGAGAUCGGUCAAAAUCCAACAGACUGGAAGCAUGCAGCCUACAUCAGCCAACCUGGAGACCUGAUAGGGUGCGACUUUGUCGGGCAGGUUGUGUCGAUGGGUACGAAUGUCCCGAAAUCGGAGGUUCAGCCAGGCGAACUACGAUGGGGAUUCGUCCGAGGUGGCGUUAGUAAGGGUGUUGGUGCCUUCGCAGAGUACAUCGCAACAGAAUGGGAUUUGACAUCGACAGUCGCAGGCAUCACGCCCGCUCAAGCCGCAUCGUUGCCAAUCCCUCUCGUUACUGCCAUACAGGCCCUCUACCUCCACCUUAAGCUCCCGGACCCAUUCCCACAGCCGUCGAAGGAGGUGAAAGACAAGUGGAUUCUCAUUUGGAGCGGUGCCACAUCUGUCGGCCAGUUCGCGAUUCAACUCGCAAAGUUGACCGGGCUGAAAGUCGCUACGACCGCCUCCCCAAGAAGAUUUGACAUGCUGAAAGCAUGGGGCGCAGACGUCACCUUGGACUAUCAUGAUCCAGAUGUUGUAGGUAAGUUGAAGGAGAAAACCUGCGACGCGAUCGAGUUUGGUCUAGAUUGCAUUUCAGAGAACGAGACGUACAAAUUGGCACAGCAAGCAUUCCGGCCCAGUGGGGGUCACCUUGUCUGUCUCCUAGUCCCGAAAGGUGACCUCCCUCGACCUGAAGUGAAGACCGAGUGGAUGCUGGCCUACACUGCACUGGGCAAAGACGUGCAGAUGGGUGAGAACCUGGUCAAAAGCUCACCGGUUCACAGAGCCUUACAUGUCAAGUGGGCGAAGCGCAUUCCAGGAUUGCUGAAGAACGGGACUAUCAAGCCUUUAGAGGUGCACGAAAUAGGAGGAUUAGAAGAUGUGCAGAAAGGCUUCGAGAUGAUGAAGAAUGGGCAGCAUCCAGGAAAGCUGGUGUACAAGGUGGCCGAUGUGCAAUCGAUGCUGGACAUCCUACGAGUCCUCUAG